AAAAACCUUAAAAACAACUACAAGCUCAACGACUUUUCCGGAACUUUUCGAUUGAUAACGAUUCAUCAACAACGAAAUUUUCUCGAUUUCAAAUUCAAGAACAAUGUUCGGUUUUUCUGGUUUGUCAAGUGUUUAGUGUUUUUCCGCAGGAACUGUAUUUUUCCAUUCAGAAGUGAAUGGAAAUCAAUCGUGAUACUGUUGAAUUUCCUGGUUUUACGGUACGUUUUACUUCAUAUCCAUCAUGAGGUCGAUAUGUGUUUUCUUACUUUUGGUUCCAUGGAUUGAUGGGUUUCAAAAUAGACUACCGAUGGUUGUGAAUACAUGGCCUUUUACUGACGCAAAUGCCGAAGGUAUGAAAACGUUAACGAAUGGAGGAUCUGUGAUAGAUGCUGUCGAAGCAGGCUGUGCCGUAUGCGAAAGAGAACAAUGCGAUGGAACCGUCGGAUAUGGUGGCAGUCCUGAUGAAACGGGAGAAACAACUUUGGAUGCCUUGAUAAUGGAUGGAUUAACUAUGGAUGCGGGUAGCGUAGCAGCUUUGAGAAAUGUGAAAUCUGCCGUAGCAGUUGCUAGAAAAGUGAUGGAACAUACAGAACAUACUUUACUCGUCGGUUCUCAAGCAUCAGAUUUCGCUUUUCAAAUGGGGUUCGCCAAAGAAUCCUUAUCCACGAAUCAUUCAGCUAAAUUAUACCAAGACUGGCGAAGCAAAGAUUGUCAGCCUAAUUUCUGGAUUAAUGUUGUUCCCGAUCCUACACGGUCAUGCGGUCCCUAUAAGCCAAUUAAAGAUAAACAACGGUAUUCGAAGAAACGCCAAGAAUCGCCUUACUUGAAAAAUCUACAUCACGAUACAAUUGGAAUGAUAGCACUUGAUACUUACGGACGUGUUGCAGUAGCUACGUCGACAAAUGGCGCAAUCCAUAAAAUUCCAGGACGAGUUGGAGACAGCCCAAUCGUAGGAUCCGGCGGAUAUUGCAUGCAUGGUGUUGGUGGUGCGGUGGCCACCGGAGACGGAGACGUAUUAAUGCGAUUUCUACCCAGUUUCAAAGCUGUAGACAGUAUGAGAAUGGGUUUUCAUCCGAAAGAAGCUGCAGUAGCUGCUCUUGCUACAUUGGCGGAGCACGUGGUUAAUUUCGUUGGAGCUGUGGUUGUUGCACGAGUCGACGGAGCCUAUGCUGCUGCGUGUUAUGGUAUAGAAGAAUUUCCUUAUUCGGUUACUUGGGGAAAUAACACAACACCAAAAAUAGAAACUGUGAAAUGUCUAAAACAUAAGGAUAAUAUGAUCCAUCCAUAUCAUCCUCGCCCUUGAUGGAAAUUUCGUAAAUGUUUUUCUUUUUUUUUUAUACGUAUGCAAUUUUUUUUAAUGAAUUGAUUUUCUCUUACUGUGAUGUUACAUUAUCGAAUUACUUAUUGUUUUAAUUACCUAUUUUAAUACACCGAAAGAUUGAUGUUCUACGAUCUAGUCUCAGUGUAAAUGAUUUUAUAAAUUCUUUUGUUACUCGUGAA